AUGUCGCCUAGAGAGAAAACACCGGCUGUCGUCAAAGCAAACGCCGCCAAUAGCGGUGUUGGUCCGCUAGUAAAAGAGGCGCAUUUUAGAGGGGUAAGGAAGAGGCCAUGGGGGAGAUACGCCGCCGAGAUUCGUGAUCCCGGAAAGAAAAGCCGUGUGUGGUUAGGUACAUUCGAUACGGCUGAGGAGGCGGCUAGGGCGUACGAUGCGGCGGCGCGUGAGUUUCGUGGUGCUAAAGCCAAGACCAAUUUUCCAGUGUAUGAAGAUAAUUGUUUGUUGAAAGUGGAAAACGAUGAGUUGUUUAAAAAAGCGAGUUUAGUGAGUCAACAGAGUACGAGUCAGGGAAGUACCGUCGAGUCCGCGGGUCGAGAGGCGGAAUCGGUAGUGCCGUCGUUGGAUCUCAACCUCUCCUACGGCGUCCCCGCUCCGUCGGUGGUACAGUUUCCUUUCCACCAGAAGAAUCUGUAUCGUUUUCCUCCACCCGCAGGUACGGUGACCGGAUUUUUCUCGCCGCAGUCGAAUCAAAUGUUUUAUUUCGACGGGAUCUUCCUCUCCGGACAAGUUCAAGUUCACCAUAGCGGCGGCUACAAUCGCCCUCCCGUACUUUUCCGGCCAUCUGCUAGCGUUGCACGGAGCGAUGACUCGAACUCAUCCUCUAUUAUCGACUUGAAGCCGUUACCAACUCCGGCACCACAACCACAACGCAUCGCCAUCGAUCUUAACCUUCCUCCACCAGCUGAAUCAACCUGA